ACGACUUUUGAGUCACUAGGGAAUCCGUUGAUAGCUACAACGUAGAGAUUACACGUCGUGGUUGUAAACUUUGUAUAAAAUGAGCUUGUUGUGGCAGUGAAAUACCAGUUACAAGUCAGAACAGAUCGAGAAACAAGCAACAAUUUGCUGGGUUUGCUGAUUUUUUUUCUAGACAUCCAUAAUACUAUAGAGACGCAGUAAAUCCAGCAGACAGGAAACACGUCAGUCAGUGACCAAACACUAAACAGGAACAGAUUUCUAACGGUAUUUUGUAAUCAUGUUUGGUGAUUCCGGUACAGUUGCCGACGUGCGUCGUCUCCUAGCCAAGCAGAACACCCCAACCGAUUUGUAUUAUUCACUGGGAUUGGAAAGUUUGGAAUCAACCCUCAUCAACUCUCUAAGAUACCUGAUGAAUUCACCCCGUGAGAUGCUUGCAUGUGAAGGAGGAGACGGCAGUGAUGUUGAGGCUGGGUUUGAGGAUGAAGAGAUCAUCGAGGGUGAAGGGAGGAUUGAGACAAGACAAGACAACUUCCUCAUCAGGACCGAGAUGGUGCCACAGCUGGAGCAGGACAGUAACAUGAAAACAAUAAUUGGAGAAACAUCAUCAACAGACAGAGGACAAAUUGCAAUCCACGAAGAACAUGAUGAGGAAUGUCAGUGCAGUCAACAAAACACUCAGGAUGAUGGGCUUCAUCUACUGCAGCUACCUAUCCAAGCCAUGCUUCACAUAUUCUCCUUCUUGGAUGCCAAAGACAUCUCGACUGUUGGAUCUACAUGCCGGCAAUGCUACAGCCUCUGUGCUGAUCAAAUACUAUGGAGGGACUUCCUAGAGAAAGAUAAGUUGCUAUGGCAACAAGUCAGCCAUCGCUCCAACCCAGCUCUCUUCGAGGCUGUGAACUCUGACCUCACAUACAGAGAGAUCUAUAUGAGAUGCAGUCCUAAAUUCCAGCAGGAGUCAUCUGGCUUUAACCUUUUGAAGCUUCCUCAGCUUCUCUGGUCUUUCAUUCCGCACAAACCUCCGAAAGUUGUCAUGUUUGGGCCCGGGUUAGAGUCCAACACCUCCACAUUAGUCAGGAAGUUCCUCGGUGAAGCCUCAGGUGUCUUCAAGGUUCGUGGAGUCUUUCCGGCGGAGUUACCAGGUAGUGUUGGCACUGGCUUUAAUGUUUCAAUGAAUGGCAAGGUGGACUUGAAGUUAAUUACAUUGUACUCUGGAACAAGGCAAGAUCGAGAGAAUACAUCAGCGGCUGGUAACCGAGCUCAGAGAAAUCGUCUGUUGCAAUCGGUCCCAUCCGGGUCUGUUUCCCCAAGUGGGGAAGAAGGAUGUUCCGAUAGUAUAGACUAUGAACCCAAGUCAACAAUCAAAGAACUCUGCAGGAAUGUUGAUGCUUUUAUUUUUGUGGUGGAUGCAUCACUUCAACAGCAAAUAACAGCGGAUGCGAAGCCGGAGCUUUUCGCUCUGAUGGACGAGCGCUGGACAACCUCAAAGUGCCCUCUUGUGAUUCUGUCGUGCGUUCCUGAUUCAACAACAAGCAAAGUGCCAUGUGUAACUCUCGCUAAACAGCUGGAUCUCCAUAAACUCAACAGAACAUGGAAAAUGUUUGAUGUGGAUGUCAAUAGCUUGUCAGGAGCCGUAGAAGCAAUAACCUGGUUGGUUGGAAGUUCUCAAGGGAGGUAGUUUUCAGCCAAUCACAGCACAUCUUAUAAAGCAAGGACUUUUUUUGGAGUAACGAUAUCAGCUAUGUGGUGGCUCUAUUACCAGUCGCUACAAAUAGUAAGCAAAGAAAAACAAGUUUGUUGUGCGACACAAAUGCGUUUGUCUCAAGUGAAAAUCCUGAACUCCAAGCUUCGAAAUCACAACAUUCUUCCAUAGGAACUGUUGUCCUUUUUUUUUUGCAAAUAGAGCAAGGCUAAAAUUUUGGUGAAAAUUCCAAAUGACGCCACAUUUUUUUAAUGCACCAGACAUUUUUGUACGAGACUAGAGGCAAAUUAAGGGAAAAAAACCCUUACCAUGUCCUGAUAUAGACUUGUGGACAAGUCGUUAAAUGUCUGUCGCGGUGAUAGCGUUCCGACUCUAUAUUCCGAAUCUCCCC